AUGAACUUUCCAGAGGUCCUUUUCCCGCAAUGCUUCAGUCCUGAAGUUUUGGCGGGCAAGAUUUUCUCGUCCAUUGAAUCCACGAAGCCUGUAAAGAACACACUUCGAGGAUUUCCUUUACAUCUUGACGCAGAUCUCUGCUGGACUCCCGCCGACAUCACGCCUGAGCAGUACUUGAUCCUGCUCAGUGUUGAGGAUAUUGUGGCAAUCGAAAAUGCCAUGGAGAGCUUCAAAAGCUUGGCAUUGCCACUACCCGCUCUCGAACCGUCUACCUUCGUUCUGCCCGCUGAACUUGCUGAUCGCCUUCGCGUUGUGAGCAAAAUCGUUCACACUGGGAUCGGAUUCGCUGUCCUCCGCGGCCUGGAUCCAAAGAAGUACAGCGAAGAAGAGAACACCAUCAUUUAUUGCGGUAUCGCCAGCCACAUCGGCAUCCAAAGGAACGCCAACUCACGCGGAAUGGCCAUGGUUCACAUUCGCGACGCCACAAAUGAUGCAAAGCCCAAGGACAUCGCAGACGGAGAAGAACUUGCCCCGUCGAAGCAGAAACGCGGAAUGAAGUUUCAUGCAGACCGCAUGUAUGCUGACAUGCUUAGCCUCUACGUUAGGGGCCAGGCAGCAGAGGGAGGGGAGCAGUACAUCGCAAGCUCUUGGACGAUCUACAAUAAGCUGAUGCAGCAAGCACCGGAGGUCCUCCGGAUCCUUGCUGGUGACUGGAAGUGGGCUCCCGAAGACAACUCUGAGCCGGGCACACCAAACCGGAUGCCUGCCCUCUUCCACAAGGAUGGACGAAUCAUUCUUCAGCUCGUCCGGACGCCGUUCCUCAAGAACCCUGGCCUCGCGACUCCAGCUCAGCAUUUCGCUCUCGACACCGUACAGCAACUUGCCGAGGAGAACUGCAUCGAGCUGGAUCAGCAGCUCGGCGACAUUCAGAUUAUCAACAACCUCGCCAUCCUCCACACUCGCUCCAAGUUUCACGAUUCCCCGUCGCAGAAACGCCACUUGAUGCGCCUCGGCCUCCGAGACCCAACUGAGGCGUGGAGUCUGCCGGAUCGCUACGACGAGCUGUUUGGGAAGGCUUUCGUCAUUCCCACCGACAAGCAGACCAUCCCCGUCACUGAUUUUGAUGCUUGGCGCGAGACCACCACUGAGGACGCCAACCACGGCUAA